AUGGAGGCGAGCCGUGUACCUGUAAAGCGAAGCAGAGCUGAGUUCGAAGAUGAUGAGUCGACAGAUGGACACAACAAAUUUGACGACAGUGAACCCGAAGAAUGGGGGAGCGAAGACGACAGCGAAGACGACAGCGAAGACGACAGCGAAGACGACAGCGAAGACGACAGCGAAGACGACAGCGAAACCUUGAGUCCCCAACAGGACAUUGAAGAGCAUGAGUAUACUAUCCCCAGUAACACGGCACGAUCGGUAAAGAUUCGGCUUUUUUGGGCCGAUGAGGGAAUGGGCGGGUACAACUGGAUGAGAAACUUUAUCGCCGAAUGCACUUGCGAAGGCGUCGUUGUCGCGACCGCUCUAUCCAGAUAUAUUCAUCGAGAGCGCAUGAGUUUUGAAUUCUGGGAGAAAAUGGAAGAGCGCAGCCAGGAGAUGUGUCAAGUGGCCUUUGGUGCCUUUGAUCGAUAUGGGACACUCAAGACGAAGUUUAAGGAGCAUCCGGUGCAAAGAGGAACUGGUGUAUGGAAAAAUGAGCUUGAUGAUGGCCCUCUUUUCCUGAUUGAAAGCCUUCAUAUUACAGCACUGGAACUACGUCGAAAAGGGCUGGGACAGAAAAUAGUGUCUUUACUAUUGGAAAAAGCCAAACGCUUCUGCCUGGGGGGUAAGCCAGACGGCAAAAACGCAGAUUUUUUCUACGGUUCCAAUGAGGCCUUUGAGCGAGCAUGGACUCUACAUGCUAUAGUCAGUCCCGGGGUAUUGACAGCUGAUGUCAAACCGCGGUUAGUGGGCAAGUCUGCAGAAGAGCGCUUGAUGAUACGGACUCAAAGUGAAUCCUCUGUUAAUGACUUUUGGCGAUCAUGCGGUUUUCGCCGAGUCGGCGCAUCCCACUGUUUUGCAUUUUCCUUCGAUCCCCACCAUCAGUCUCACACCCUGGCGGCAGGUGCCGAUUUGGACCCGCGCACUAGUUAUGCCGAAGAUCUUGAGUAUGAAGAGAUUGGGAUGAUCUACGAGACAGAUCCUUUCAUUGACGUGAACAAAUUGAAGAUGGGAAGACUUUGCGACCCCCUGCCGCUGCAUCAUGCAGCUCUCACUCUGACGGACGAAGAACUGAGAGCUUUCUUCAUCACUCAGGAUCAUGAUAAGUUUGACUGGAAUCAAAUAAGCAACUCUGAAGCCACCCUUCUGCAUUUGACAGCUUGUGAGCUCAAGCCCUUGAGUACACAAUGGCUGCUCGAGAAUGUCCACCACGCCGACUCCUGGAAGGCAGCACGCGAUAUUGAUGGGUACACCCCGCUCGAAGCAUUGCAGGAGAAAUUAGAGAAAGUGCGGACCAUGAAGAAAUAUGGUUUUGGCAGGAUUCUAAACGUAUCAGGUUACUUUGAAGGAAACCCUGACACCGCAGUGUCCUGUCUCACUUUGCUGCUGGGACAGGACGCUUUGGAGCUGAAUAAAGCAUGCCUCCGAUACGGGUGUACAUGCGGAGAAUGUGUGGAAGGAUUUCUAUCCGCCCGAAUGAGGCACUCUCUGAUAUCUGAGGGCUCGGUCAAAUUUGACCUCAUGCAGGACGAAAUUGAUUAUGGCAGCACUGGGAUGGAUUUCAACGACUGGACAGUCGGAAACCUUGAUCCCGGUGUGCGAAAGAAAUUAGAAACCAACAAGUCACUGCGACAGGGCUUUGUCAAAAUGUUCCAAAUAGCUGUGGUGUGUCUUAAGUUGAAAAUAGCUCCCACCGCAGAAAACCUCGAGCAGUUCUGUACAAGUGGGAGCGAAUGGCCACCGUAUGCUAGGAACUACCUGCGCCGUGCUGGAACGCAGAUGGGCUGUCGGGCAGUGCUUCAGGGUAUGUUCGACGCUGCUAAGAAUGAAGAGUGUCAACUCUCAUUGCGGAAGGAAUGGUCAGACCUACCAACAUGCAGAAACGAUCAUGAGUAUGAUUUUGUUGCCAGGGCUUGUGGUUACGGCAGAGAUGAUUUAUUCUAUGACCAUUCUGGCUGGUGA